GCCAGAGGAGCCGGGACAUCGAGGGAAGAGGCCGGAGGGAGAUCGCGGAGGGGAGGGGGCGGGAGGGGGGUGGGGUAUCCUGAGUCGUCCGUGGUCCGGAGUCUGGAAGGCCCUAGAGCGGCGCCAGUCGACCCGCCUCGCCACAACUUGCCCAGACCAGACACGUUUCAUCCUGCGCCCUGCAAGAAGGAGCCGGCCUGCCUCUCUCCGCUUUGCUGCUCCUCGGCCUCCGCGGGCCCGGCCCGCGUCAGCAGCGACCCUGGGGUCUGGGUCCCCUGUGUCGCCCCCGCCCGCCUGCAGCGCCCGGCACCCGCCCAGGAGCGCGCAGCUGGGGUGCUAGGGACAUGUACUUGAGCAAGAGAGACCACAGCUCUUGUUCCCGCUGAUCCUGCAGCCCAGUGGAUGGAGUCCAGAAUCUACAGACCUGCCAGGAAAGAAAAAAAAAUUCCUGAUGUCUGGUCCAAGCAGGAAUUCCCCGGUGGAUUGGGGAAUGUCUGGCUUUUCCUCAGCUUAUUGAUCUCUGUGGUAACCACUGGAGGCCCCCAGAAGACCCAUAGAAAUGAGAGGCCUGAGGUCUACAAGUCGCUGCUAGAAAUAUUUUAGCCUCUCCAAAGCCCAGAAUGCAGCCCCGACCCAAGUUUGUAAGGGUUCUGGGUGCACGCUGACCCUGCGCGGGCAGACGCGCCCUUUGCUCCAGGUCUGGACCUGGGCGCUGCUAUAGCAACGUCCUGGACGCCCAGACCUUAGGCCGCCGCCGCCGCGGAAGCAAGGAACCCGGCCUUCUCCCGCUCCUGAGGGCUGUGGCGGCGGCGGCCCGGGAGGCGGCCCAGGCUGGGUAAAGACCGCCCGGCUCCUCCUAUGCAAGCUGAGGCAGCGGAUUGGUUUUCAAGCAUGCCCUUCCAGAAGCAUGUCUACUACCCGCUCGCCAGCGGCCCAGAGGGGCCCGACGUCGCUGUGGCCGCCGCCGCCGCGGGUGCGGCCUCCAUGGCCUGUGCGCCCCCCAGCGCGGCUUCGGGGCCCCUGCCCUUCUUCCAGUUCAGGCCGCGGCUGGAGAGUGUGGACUGGCGGCGGCUGAGCGCCAUCGACGUGGACAAGGUGGCGGGGGCUGUGGACGUGCUGACGCUGCAGGAGAACAUCAUGAAUAUCACCUUCUGCAAGCUGGAAGACGAGAAGUGCCCACACUGCCAGUCGGGGGUGGACCCAGUGCUGCUGAAGCUCAUCCGUCUGGCGCAGUUCACCAUCGAGUACUUGCUGCACUCACAAGAGUUCCUCACCUCGCAGCUGCACACCCUGGAGGAGCGGCUGCGCCUGAGCCACUGCGACGGCGAGCAGAGCAAGAAGCUGCUCACCAAGCAGGCGGGGGAGAUCAAGACGCUCAAGGAAGAGUGCAAACGCAGGAAGAAGAUGAUCUCCACCCAGCAGCUGAUGAUCGAGGCCAAAGCCAACUAUUACCAGUGCCAUUUUUGUGACAAGGCCUUUAUGAACCAAGCUUUUCUACAAAGUCACAUUCAACGCCGCCACACUGAAGAAAAUUCUCGUUUUGAGUAUCAGAAAAAUGCACAGAUUGAGAAGCUCCGGAGUGAGAUCGUCGUAUUGAAGGAAGAGCUGCAGCUCACCAGGUCUGAGCUAGAGGCUGCACACCAUGCCAGUGCGGUCAGAUUCUCCAAGGAAUAUGAAAUGCAGAAAACAAAAGAGGAAGACUUUUUGAAGUUAUUUGACAGGUGGAAAGAAGAAGAAAAGGAGAAACUAGUUGAUGAAAUGGAAAAAGUCAAGGAGAUGUUUAUGAAGGAAUUUAAAGAAUUAACUUCGAAGAAUUCAGCAUUAGAAUAUCAACUGUCAGAAAUCCAGAAGUCCAAUAUGCAGAUCAAGUCCAACAUAGGCACAUUAAAAGAUGCACACGAGUUUAAAGAAGACCGUUCUCCAUAUCCCCAGGAUUUCCAUAAUGUCAUGCAGCUUCUUGAUAGUCAGGAAAGCAAAUGGACAGCUCGAGUUCAAGCUAUUCAUCAAGAACACAAGAAAGAGAAGGGUCGGCUCCUGUCACAUAUAGAGAAACUUCGAACCUCAAUGAUAGAUGAUCUAAAUGCAAGCAAUGUUUUCUACAAGAAAAGGAUAGAAGAGCUAGGGCAGAGACUCCAGGAGCAGAAUGAGCUGAUUAUAACUCAGAGACAGCAGAUUAAAGACUUUACCUGUAAUCCAUUAAACAGUAUCAGUGAACCCAAAGGAAAUCCUUUAGCCUGGCAGGCUUUUGAAUCUCAGCCAGCUGCUCCAGCUGUGCCUAUGAAUGCCCCAGCCCUGCACACUUUGGAAACUAAAUCAAGUCUGCCAAUGGUGCAUGAACAGGCAUUCUCGUCGCACAUACUGGAACCAAUAGAAGAACUUUCAGAGGAAGAAAAAGGAAGGGAAAAUGAACAGAAAUUAAAUAACAACAAAAUGCAUUUAAGGAAAGCUUUGAAGAGUAACUCCUCCCUCACUAAGGGACUAAGAACAAUGGUGGAGCAGAACUUGAUGGAGAAACUGGAAACCUUGGGGAUUAAUGCAGAUAUACGUGGCAUUUCAAGUGAUCAAUUGCAUAGAGUACUAAAAAGUGUGGAAUCAGAAAGACAUAAGCAAGAAAGAGAAAUACCUAACUUUCAUCAAAUUCGAGAAUUCCUUGAACAUCAAGUCAGCUGUAAAAUUGAGGAGAAAGCACUACUCUCUUCAGAUCAGUGCAGUGUUUCUCAAAUGGAUACCCUUUCAACUGGAGAAGUACCCAAAAUGAUACAACUUCCUUCCAAAAACAGACAACUGAUUAGACAAAAAGCUGUUUCUACUGAUAGGACAUCUGUUCCAAAAAUUAAGAAAAAUGUCAUGGAAGAUCCUUUUCCCAGAAAGUCUUCAACUAUUACGACCCCUCCUUUUAGUUCAGAGGAGGAGCAGGAGGACGACGACCUCAUCCGGGCAUACGCAUCCCCAGGCCCACUUCCUGUGCCGCCAUCGCAAAACAAGGGCAGCUUCGGGAAGAACACAGUGAAAAGUGACGCGGACGGGACCGAGGGAAGCGAAAUCGAGGACACUGAUGAUUCUCCCAAGCCCGCAGGAGUCGCCGUUAAAAUACCUACUGAAAAAGUUGAAAAGAUGUUUCCACAUCGCAAAAAUGUGAAUAAACCAGUCGGUGGAACUAAUGUUCCUGAGAUGUUUAUCAAAAAAGAAGAAUUACAAGAACUAAAGUGUGCGGAUGUGGAGGAUGAAGACUGGGACAUAUCAUCCCUAGAGGAAGAGAUAUCUUUGGGAAAAAAAUCUGGGAAAGAACAGAAGGAACCGCCACCUGUGAAAAACGAACCACAUUUUGCUCAUGUGCUAAAUGCCUGGGGCGCAUUUAAUCCUAAGGGGCCAAAGGGAGAAGGACUUCAAGAAAAUGAAUCAAGCACAUUAAAAAGCAGCUUAGUAACUGUGACUGAUUGGAGCGACACUUCAGAUGUCUAAUUCCACAUGUCAGAAGAUUCUUCCAGAAGCCAGCAGUAUUUCAGUAUCACAGUGUUUCAGUAAUUUGCCUCCAUGAUUCCAGUGCUUCUGCCUUACCGUGUUUACCACAGCAACACUGAGACUGAUUCAAAGAACAAUGGUCUCUUUAAUGGCACCCAAUACAGUAUUGAAAAUCAGAUCAUCAACAGUAUUUCGAAGCAUGUAAAGGUGUUUAAGACUUCCGCUGCUGCUUAAAAAUAACAUGUCAUUGAAGUCAUAAAAAGUUUUUUCUUCAGAAAGGUACUCUAGUGUUAAGUGUAUUUUUUUUCAACUAAUUUUUAAGUGAAAUUUUUUAAAACUUACAGCAUGUUUUGGUUUGAAUUACUAAAACUUUAAAAAAUAUUUUUCUUAUGUAUGCUGUUGUAUUGUAGGCGUUUAUAUUAUAAAAUUCUGUUAGUAGUCUUAAAAUUGAAUUGGUGGAACCACUAAUCCUUAAAAGUUAGUCUGGUUAUUUUUCAUAUAGAAGUAAGUUUAAUCCGAGUGUGGUGGUGUUCACCUUUAAUCCCAGCUACUUGGGAGGCUGAGGUGGGAGGAUCACUUGAGCACAGGAGUUCAAGACCAGUGUGGGCAAUAUAGCAAGACUCCACCCCUCCACACGCCAAAAAAGUUAAGUUUAGAAUUAGAAUAUAGCUAGGUCCAAUGUUAAAUACAUUUUCCUGGAGUACAUUUGUCACAUUCAGCUUUGAGCCACUGUAAGCAUGUUACUAUUAAAUGGUUGGUUAUUUUAUAUAGCAUAUUCUUUAUCUUGGAUAUUUUAUGAAUAAAGUAUAGUUAUUUUAAGUGCCAAUUAAUUUAUCAGACUAAAUAGAAAAUAUUUGAGUCAUUACUGAAUUCACGUAUGUAUGUUUUUUUUACUAUUUAAAAUACCCAACAUGUAUUAUGAAAUACCUCAAAAGUAAUUUAGUUACAUUCUUAAACAAUGACAUUGUCGAAAGAAAGUUCGUAUAAGCUGUUUUUUGCAUUUUUAUAACUUGGUGGUACUAUAUUCUGUUUCCAAGUAACCUUUUAACUAAAAGAUUUGUUGGGUUUUAGAUCUCUUUUCAUUUGUCAACCUUUUCAGUAAAGCCCUCUGUUACAUCA